AUGGCAACUAACACCAGCAUUUGUGGCAUAUGUUCACUUCGACAGAUAACACAAAUAUCUAACCACUGGUGCCCGCAAUGUGAAGAAGCUCUUUGUGAUGAGUGCAGAGAUCACCAUAAGUUACUAAAAGUCACGAGAAGUCACGUACCUAUACCAAUGUCAGAUUACAAGUCAAUUCCAUCAUUUAUAACUGACAUACAUCAAUCGUGUAUCUAUCACAAUGAACAAUAUCAACAAUAUUGCGUUGACCACGUCUUGCCUAUUUGUUUCAAAUGCAUCACUGAUCAUCGUACAUGUAACGUCACUACUCUUGAGGAAGUCAUCAAUAACGUCAAGACCUCUGAGCAAUUUCUAGACUUAGAAUCAAGACUUGGCGACUUAUUACAAAAUAUCGAUCAAAUUAAAAAGGACAGAAAUUCUGAUGUGAGAAAAAUUGAAAAAACGAAAACGCGACUUGUUAUAAAAAUUCGACAGAAAAGAGCAGAAAUUAUCAAACGCUUACACAAUCUUGAGAAACAAAUUAUAAAAGAUCUUGACGAAAAGGCAGAUCAAAAUUGCAAGAGUAUUCAGAAAGUUUUAUCACCGGUCAAAGAGAAAGAAAUAAUUAUCAGUAAAUAUCAGGCAAAUUUCCAAAAGAUGAAACAAUACGCGUCUGAUCUUCAAACAUUUCUCGUUAUGAACGAAAUUGAGGUCAAAGUUUAUGAAAAUGAACAAUAUCUGCAGUCAUUGAAAGAAGCAAACAGUUUGAUUCAACUUUACCUAGCGUGGAAGGUUGACCCAGUUUUGGAACAUAUUUCAAACAGUUUAAAGAACUUUGGAUCAAUUGAAAUGAUAACCCAAACAAGCGGCCUCGAGUUCAUUAGAUCGAAAAACAAACAAGCACAGUUACAAGUAGUAUCAAUGAAGAAGACUAUUUACGAUGUGAAUUUGAUUUUACAGAUGAAGAUUACAACAGACGGAAAGAUAGUUAGAGGAUGUUGUAUGUCAAAAGAGGGAGACCUUCUGUUCACUGAUCAUUGCGACGCAAAAUCGCUCACCGUAUCUGCAUCAGGUAAUAAACUCAAAUAUAAAAUGAAACUAGUUACUAGUAUGGUGUUUGACUUAACACUGGUUGACGAAAAGACUGUUGCUAUUACAUCCGGGGACUCAGGAGGGAAGGGCGGUAUUGAUAUCAUAGAUAUAAAGAACCAACGCAAAAUAAAGUUCAUGGAACUUCCUGGUCGUACAUAUGGAAUCACAAGAGAUCACGACUCGCUGUAUGUCUGUGUAGAAGGACGCGGAAUAUACAAAAUAAAUAUUUUGGACGGUACUACAGCUCGCGUGAUCAGUUGUAAUCUACCGAUCUGUUCAUACGUUUCUGUUUUCUCAGACAAGAUAUAUUACACGAACUACGAAUAUAGCAGUGUAGUUUGUUGUGAUAAAAACGGAUCACGUGUUUGGAUUUUUGAAGACAAACUUGUUUUGGAUGAACCGGAAGGCAUCUCUAUUGAUAAUAAUGGUCACGUGUUUGUUGUUGGAGUAAAAUCGUCAAAUGUAGUCAUAAUAUCGAACGAUGGAAAGCAUCACAAACAACUCUUGACCAAAGAUGAUGGCCUUCGUUCCCCAUCUGCUAUUUUCCUUGAUAAAGAGAACAAGAAACUUCUUGUUGCAAAUACUUCGACAUCUGCUUUCGUUUACAAUAUUUUGUGA